CCGCUUUACGGUAGCUGUCGCAAGAUAUAGAUAGUCGCAGGCCGGCGUUCCUUGGUCACUAGAUUUGUUUAGUUACAUAUAUUUAUUAAUAAAAGCCUUUGAUACGCUUGGCCGAAUAACCUCUUGGAGCAAUGGACGCCCCAACAUCCUAUGGCGGCCAGGCAACGUUUCAACCGCAGGCCACGCAGGGCUACGUGCUCUGCUGUCUUUGCGGGACGAACAUCCUUCCCAACCCAUCCAACAUGUGCGUCAACUGCAUCCGCUCGCAAGUGGACAUCACAGAAGGCAUACAAAAACAGGUGACGGUGCUGUGGUGCAAGGAGUGCGGGCGCUACCUGCAGCCGCCCAAGCACUGGGUGUCAGCUGAGCUGGAGAGCAAGGAGCUGCUCACCUUCUGCAUCAAGAAGAUCAAGGGGCUGCAAAAGGUGAAGCUGGUGGAUGCCGGGUUCAUCUGGACGGAGCCGCACAGCAAGCGGCUCAAAGUGAAGCUGACCAUCCAGGCCGAGGUGUUCAACGGCGCCAUCCUGCAGCAGAGCUUCGUGGUGGACUAUGUGGUGGAGAACAACAUGUGCCCCGACUGCAACCGACAGAACGCCAACCCCAACAGCUGGGUGGCGUGUGUGCAGCUGCGCCAGCACGUGUACCACAAGCGCACCUUCCUGUUCCUGGAGCAGCUCAUCCUGAAGCACGACGCGGCGGCCAACUGCGUCAAGGUGCGGGACAUCCACGAGGGCAUCGACUUCUUCUACUCGCAGCGCGGCCACGCGCUCAAGUUCAUCGACUUCCUGCAGAGCGUGGUCCCCAUCCGCUUCCGCGCCGACAAGCAGCUAGUGAGCCACGACACGCACAACAACACCUACAACUACAAGUUCACGUUCAGCGUGGAGAUCGUGCCGCUGUGCAAGGACGACCUGGUGUGCCUGCCUCCCAAGAUGGCCGCCUCCUGCGGCAACCUGGGUCCGCUGGUGCUGGUGACGCGCAUCACCAACCAGAUCACCAUCACCGACCCCGCCACUCUGCGCAGCUACUCCAUGGACGCCCCGGUGUACUACCGGCACCCCUUCACCGCCCUCGCCUCGCAGCGCGUCCUGGUGCCCUUCAUCGUGCUGGACAUCGAACCCAUUCGGCAGCAGCGGGCGGUGGUGCAUGGCGGAGGCGCAGGUGGCGCGUGUGAGCGACUUUGGUCGCAAUGACACGGUGUUUUACACGCGGACGCAUCUGGGGAACAUCCUGCACCCGGGCGACACGGUGCUGGGGUACGACAUGACCACCAGCCAGCUGGUGGGGCUGGACUACGAGGCGCACGUGGCCAAGGGGGGGCGGGUGCCGGACAUCAUUCUGGUCCGCAAGAGCUACGAGGAGAAGCGGCGGCGGCGGGCGGCCAAGGGCGGUGCGGCGGCUGCUCGGCCCUGGAAGCUGCGCACGCUGGAGAUGGAGGUGGAGGAGGCGGCGGGGGCGGGUCACCGGGGGAGGAACGAGGCGGCGGCGGAUGCGGACCGCGAGCGCUUCCUGGAGGAGCUGGAGGAGGACCCCGACAUGCGCGCGCGCAUCAACAUCUACAAGGACAGCGAGCUGCUGCAGCAGGCGGGGCAGCAGGCGGGGCCGGCGGCGGCGGGGCGGCCGCAGCAGCAGGCGGCGGUGGCGGCCCCCGCGGGUCUCAUGGAGGACGACGACGAGGAGGACGAUGGGGACCUGCCGCAGAUUCCCCUGGAGGAGCUGCUGGACGACCUGGAGGCGCUGGGGCUGGG